AUGGCGCGCGUCACGGACAAUGAGACAGUCUCAGAGGCAUUCGCAGCGACCGAUGGAGUGAAGCAAAGAUACGUACUCGCUCACGCCCUCUCGGCCAUGCUGAUGGAUCGUCAUGAGCGUCCUGGCAUCGGUAUCGUCUACAGAAGCGAUGGACAGCUUCCCAAGACCCAGCGCAUGCAGGUCCCAAAGCGUCUCUCCACAAAUACUGUUCACGGCCUGCUCUUCGCGGGUGACUGCACGCCCAACACCAUGACAGAACCUGAUCUGCAGCGGAACAUGAAAAUCCUCGCCCCCGGCUGUGUAGAAUUCGGACUGACCAUCCAAACGGGCAAAACGGUGGUCAUGAACAAGCCGUUGUCCAACACUAAAUACGGCAAGGUUUGA